AUGAUGAUUUGUUACUCUCCGAUCACAACUUGCUCUAGGAAUGCGAUCCAUAUCAAGAGGCAUUUAAGCAAUCACCUCUACGGUGUUGUGUCUCAAGGAUCAUACAAAUUCCGAUGUUACAGUCUUUUCUCAGGACUCCCGAAGAAAAACUGUACCGGUUUUGGUUUAUCAAUCUCUAACAGACCUUCUUUUGGAUCGGUAUUGAUCAAUAGAUCAACCGUUGGUCGUAAAGGAAAGCUUGAAGUUUCUUUCUUGAGCUCCGAAGCGAGAACGAAAUGCUCUGAGAUAGAGUCAAACAUGAGAAAUCUCUAUGUUUAUACGAGUGUGGUUGUUAGCUUGCUUGUUUGUUAUUCUUCAACUUCCCAAUCAGCAUACGCAGAAGCUUCAAGAGAUAAAGAUGAUCACAACAAGAAGAAGAAGAACAAUGUGUAUAAUAAUAAUAAUUCUUCUGAUAAUGGUAAAUUCUACAAUGGGAAAAGAGUCUACACUGAUUACUCUAUCAUUGGUAUCCCUGGGGAUGGUAGGUGCUUGUUUCGUUCUGUGGCUCACGGUUUUUGCUUACGCUCUGGAAAAGUGGCUCCGAGCGAGCACACACAGAGAAAGCUCGCUGAUGAGUUACGUAAUAGAGUUGCUGAUGAAUUUAUUAAAAGAAGAGAGGAAUCAGAAUGGUUUGUGGAAGGAGACUUCGACACAUAUGUCACGCAAAUUCGAGAGCCACAGGUUUGGGGAGGUGAACCUGAACUCUUCAUGGCUUCACACGUUCUCCAGAUGCCAAUAACGGUGUAUAUGAAGGACGAGAAAGCUGGAGGAUUGCUGUCUAUAGCGGAAUAUGGUCAAGAGUAUGGUAAAGAAGAUCCGAUCCGAGUCCUGUACCAUGGUUUUGGUCAUUACGACGCACUCUUGGUUCAUGAUCGUAAAGCUCCACUUUCAAAAUCCAAACUUUAA